AUGGCAGCUCCUCAGCUCCCUACGAAAUUCCCUUGCUGGUGUCGGGCGGUUUAUUCAUGGGGCGGUGAAACAGACAGAGAUCUCGGAUUUAUUGAAGGCGACUUGAUAGAAUGUCUCAAUGCGGGAGACGGUUCCUGGUGGAUGGGAAGAUUACACAGAGACAGGAGAAUGAUGGGCCUAUUCCCUUCAAAUUUUGUUGUCGUGCUCGAGGAAGACUUCGUCCCCAUGCGCCGAUCGAUCAGUCCCAUGCCUGAUCUACACAAGAGCAGUAGCGAAAGCAAGAAAUCGCUGGCGCAAUUACAAGAGAAGAAGGAGAAGGCAAAGUUAAGACGUCCUUUCAGUGGUUAUAAACAUGCAAAGUCACCUUCAGUCAAUGAAGCAGCUGUGCCUCAGCAAACUGCGCCUGUCUCUGCACCGGCGCAACAAAACCACGACGCACGGAACCCCCCUUCAACGGUCUUGUGGCAGCAGAGACCACUGUCUAGAGCUCCUUCAAGAUCUCCAUCUCCCUUGCCACAUCACGAAAUUGGCUCCUCUCCCCCGCCACCUCCUCCACCUCACCGGAUUAUUGGAGGCAGAGCCGCCUCGCCUGCACCACAACCAUUCGACAUGAAUGAUCGUUAUCAGAUAUUCGCCCGCACCCCAUCUCCAGCACCACCCUCGAUCAACGGACAUACUCCCCCGAUGAUUCGAAGUGCGAUGGAUGAUGUUAUGUCGUCUCUUGAGGAUAUGACGCUAGUGAGACAUAAUUCAAUCCAGCAGGAAAAUCCAUUCAAUCCUUGGUCUCCAGAAGCUUUCGAUGACUUCCGUCGGGCUGAUGAAUCUCGUCCGGGCCCUCGUCCUCUCACUAGCCUAGGGCUCGGCGCUGGAGGCAGCACUUUCUCCGAAGCACGGAUCAAUUAUAGUAGUCGCCAUAACAGCCCUGACAGAUAUCAAGAUGGCCCUCCUCGGUUGGAGAACUACGUCCAGAGGAUGGAGAGCCGACUUCGUCGUAUGCAACAGGCGCGAGAAUUCCAGGACUCAGAUGCGGCAAGUAGCGACCCUCCGGAACCUCCGCCCAAGAAUUCACCAUGGGUAGGCUCAUCAACUGCAGGCCGUCGAUUGUCAAUGAGGAAAAGGAAAUCCGCUAUUGAUCUGGGGGAUGACGGCCUUUCAAGGGCCCUGACGCAAAAGACGAACUCGACGAACAACAGUGGCUCAAGUAGCGGGGCGCAGAGUCUCGCAAGCAUGGGUACCAACUUUUCGCACCAGACGACGAUGACCAGUCAAAGCAUCAUGAGCGGAUACUCUGCGGGUGCAUUUAGUGCCACAAGUGCGGGCAGCCUUGCGAGGAAGAGAAUGGGCAGUCUUCGAGAUCGCAUGCCCAGGCCAAUGACAAGCACCGGCACCAGGAAUGAACAAUGGAGUCAAACUGAGGUACGGCCGAAGACGCCAAAUACAGCAGUGUCUUUCCAUUCAACCCAUGACUCCAGACAUGGCGCGAAGUCGGCAAUUGGCUGGGAAGAUGCAAAUCGAGGUGCAAAUGGUGGAUUAGGGGGAUUCACAACCCCUAAAGCCAAAAAACCAGGCUUUUUCAAGAAAUUGAUUGACAGUGCGAAGACUGGUGCUGCGAGCGCCAGGAGCACCAUCUCAGCCAGUCAGGCAGGAAGCAAUUCCGGGUCGCCUACGAAAAUGACGGGCAUUGCCGGUGGCACGGCUUUCAAUGUAGCUAUCGCUAGCUCAAACUCGAACAAUGCUUUCGGAAGGGACGCUGCGCGAGAGAUGGGCUUGAUCAGCGGAGCCUCCGGUACGUAUAUUCUCACUCGUCGCGAUGUCAAUCGAUCCAACACGCCGGGACCAUCAGAACGUCAGGAACGAGCCAAUCGAUGCCAUAUGCUAGAUCAACCUGUCAUUUGCCCUGUAGAAGAAUUGUACGAGAAUCUUCAAGGCGACGAAGAUACCGACGGACGACCCGUGUAUGCGCCCUUCCAGCUCAGCAAUCCAAGUUUCAGUCAAGUGGACAAGGCAGCUCGGUUUAUCACAAGUUUCCCCAGCAGCAUAACGGCGGCUAGUCUUGCCAUGGGCUUUAUCUGCCGACCGUACCGCAGUGGCGUGCAAAGACUACGAGCGAUAUUUAUUUGGUGCGCCGAGAGAAUCAGUUGGGAAGAGGAUCAGGAUUUUGAUGGCUACAAUUUCAACCAAGCAGUCGAUACUAGAAGAGUAAUUCAGAGCAAACGAGGAAGCAGUCAAGAAGUUGCAGGCCUUGUGCUGGAAAUGUGCACCGCCAUCGGCAUCCACGCGGAAGUCGUGCAUGGGUAUUUGAAAACACCCGGCGAAGAACUGGACUUGGACGCGAUUUCUCGACCAAAUCAUUUUUGGAACGCCGUACUCGUUGAUGGAGAAUGGAGGAUGAUAGAUGCCAGUCUCGCCAGCCCAACCAAUCCGAAGAGAGCAUUAUACUCGAGCGUCAGCACGAGUAUCGCAGAAGCAUGGUAUUUUCUGACACGGCCGAGCGAAUUGUGUUGGACACAUGUUCCGGUUGACGAGGCACAACAGCACAUGAUUCCCAAUAUCAGCCCUGACGUGCUUCUAGCCCUCCCUGGAACGGGCCCGCCAUUCUUCAGGCAGGGGCUGUCAAUGCAUGCCUACGACACAAGCAUCAUCAGACUAGACGGCUUGGAAAUGUGCACGUUCAGCGUCAAUGUCCCCGCUGACGUUGAGGUCGUGGCCGAAGUCGAAGCGAGAAGAUACCUCCGCGAUCAGGAUGGCGAUGUGUACGAAGACGCCGACAAUCUGACCAAAAAGCGAGCUCUUUCCCAACCGAGCUGGUACAGAACGGCUCAUAAUACAGAGGUUGCCCAGAAACGCUAUGUCAUCAAAGCGAUCCUGCCCGGCGAUGAAGGGAUCGCGUAUGUGAAAGUCUACGCUGGGAAGAAAGGCUUGAUGCUUUCGUCGAGAGAUAUCGUGCACCCGUUAGCUCUUGCUAUACCGCUUUACCAUUCCGGCGAGAACCCAGCGUAUGACUUCGUCAUGAGACACCCUACACCGCACGCCACACGACAAGACCUCUACGUCGUGCAACCGCAAUGCUACCGUCUCGGAGCCGGAGAAACAUAUGUCUUUUGCGUACGCCAACACGCCGCAUCCGUCGCAUCCACGCCUGGCAACGAACAGAACGGCUUCGACCUCCGGCCUGUAAGUCCAAACCCGCUCGCGCGCCCCACCAGCGCAAUGAGCAUGACCAGCAGCAUCACCGCAUCCAACCCCAGUGAAUACGCCACCAGCAACAACCUCAGCAACGCGGCCGGCGUCAAGAUCAAGGACAAGCCGGCAAAACUGGCGAUCCAGUCUCCCGGCGGCAAAAUCAUCCGCCUGAACCGCAAGCACGAGGGGAUACCGCAGCCCGCGAGCCUGAGGGAGGUGGACGGCGAAGUCUUGGGCAGUUUCUGGGAGACCGCCGUCAAAGUGCAGGAGAGAGGCAUUUGGCGCGGCCUGGUGCUGGCGGAUCGGAGCGCAAGGUGGUGUGUUUGGGGGGAAUGGGAGUGCGUUUGA